AUGGCGGAGGAGAAGGCGAAAAAUCGAAAGGAACGGCGGGCGGAAGCAAAGGAAAGCGGCAAGCCUGUUGAGCCGCCAACGAAGACGCCCAAGAUGAAGAUGGCUCAGCCGGACCGUUCCAGACCAAGUAAAAAGACGCUACUGGAUGUCUACGACGAGAAGAAGGAACUCCUCGAGCAAGGACAGCCUUUCGACAAGAAGUAUGAAGAUGGGCUCCCUCGGGGUGAAAGCGGCAACAUUCUCGAGGCUGGUCUUGGUGAUGGCGAACCUAUUGGACCCCUUGGCGAUGCGAUUUUCUGGGCUGUCUGUCUGACGAUGUUCCACUUCACGUUGGAUGUCCUCGUCUUCAACCAGUACGCGCAAGAUAUCGUCUGGCCGGCAAUCAUCAAGCGGUCUGCGACAAUCCUGCCAAUUCUGUUCCUGGUCAUCUACAUCAUGCGUUCCGAGACGGCGAAGAAGCUCGAAUGGGGUCGUCAGAUUCUGUUCUUCGUGAUGGGUACUGCUGCUGGGUGCUAUCUCAUUCAAGCUGGCAACAAGUACGACUACUUCUUCGUCAUGAAGCAGGCGCCACCUUUGGGGACUUUCUGGGUGUUCAGUGUCAUUGAGAUGAACCUGUACUUCGGCGUUGCCAGUGUAUUGAUUGACCUCGUCUUUCUCUGGGUGAACGACUUCUCAGUAUUCUGA